AUGAGAACCUUUGAACCUUUGCCUAAAGGAGAGCUGAAUACGGAGGGGUUUACUGUGAAAUCCACCAUGAAGAUUCAGGUAGUGGUGGGCCCUCCAGCUGCAGGAGCAUUUAGAGAGAGGCCAGCUAAACCCACAGACUUCCGGAAGUUCUACAAGCAUGGAGACUUUCCAAUCACCCUGGAACAUGAUUCUAAAGGCAACCGCAUUGCUUGGAAGGUGGAGAUUGAAAAACUGGACUACCAUCACUACCUCGCCCUGUUCUUUGACGGGCUGUGUGAGACAGUUCACCCAUAUGAUUUCUUUGCUUGUCAGGACAUUCAUGACAUGCUGGAACAUGGUGGCAAUAAAGUCCUACCUGUUGUCCUGCAGCUCAUCAAACUGAUCAAGAAUGUUCUCAACACGAGGAUCAGGCAGGUAAUCUGCACCACACUAAAGGUUCUGCAGCACCUGGUUGUAUCAGCAGAGAUGGUGGGUGAGGCACUGGUUCCGUACUACAGACAAAUCCUCCCCAUUCUAAACAUCUUCAAGAAUAUGAACAGAAACUCAGGUGAUGGGAUUGACUACAGCCAGCAGAAGAGGGAGAACAUCGGAGAUCUGAUCCAGGAGACAUUGGAGGUGUUUGAACACUAUGGGGGCGAGGACGCCUUCAUCAACAUCAGAUACAUGGUGCCCACCUACGAAUCAUGCCUUCUGAUCUAA